GAAGGAGCCGCGGCUGUCAGGGAACCGGGCGCCGCGCGCAGUGCAGGCUCGGGGCGCCGCGCAGAGGAGGCUGCCGCUCUGGCUCGCCGCCCCCCGCCGCCGCUCCGCACCGGGCCCCGCCGCCGCGCCGCGGGCCAUGGACCUGCCCAGGGGCCUCCUGGUGGCCUGGGCCCUCAGCCUGUGGCCAGGGUUCACGGCCACCUUCAACAUGGACACCAAGAAGCCCCGAGUCAUCCCGGGCUCCAGGGCCGCCUUCUUUGGCUACACAGUGCAGCAGCAUGACAUCAGCGGCAGGAAGUGGUUGGUUGUUGGCGCCCCACUGGAAACCAAUGGCCACCAGAAGACAGGAGACGUGUACAAGUGUCCAGUGGCCGAAGGGAACUGCACCAAGCUCAACCUGGGAAGGGUCACCCUAUCCAACGUGUCUGAGAGGAAGGACAACAUGCGUCUCGGCCUGAGCCUGGCCACCAACCCCAAGGACAACAGCUUCCUGGCCUGCAGCCCGCUCUGGUCGCACGAGUGUGGCAGUUCCUACUACACCACAGGGAUGUGUUCACGAGUCAACUCCAACUUCAGGUUCUCCAAGACUGUGGCCCCAGCUCUCCAACGGUGCCAGACUUACAUGGACAUCGUCAUUGUCCUGGACGGUUCCAACAGCAUCUACCCCUGGGUAGAGGUUCAGCACUUCCUCAUCAACAUCCUGAAGAAGUUUUACAUUGGCCCCGGGCAGAUCCAGGUUGGAGUUGUGCAGUAUGGGGAAGACGUGGUACACGAAUUUCACCUCAACGACUACAGGUCUGUGAGGGACGUGGUGGAAGCUGCCAGCCACAUCGAGCAGAGAGGAGGGACAGAAACCCGGACGGCAUUUGGAAUUGAAUUUGCUCGCUCAGAGGCUUUCCAGAAGGGCGGAAGGAAAGGGGCCAAGAAGGUGAUGAUUGUCAUCACAGAUGGGGAGUCCCACGACAGUCCGGACCUAGAGAAGGUGAUCCAGCAAAGCGAGAGGGACAACGUGACCAGAUACGCCGUGGCCGUCCUGGGCUACUACAACCGCAGGGGCAUCAACCCAGAAGCUUUUCUGAACGAAAUUAAAUACAUCGCCAGUGACCCCGACGACAAGCACUUCUUCAACGUCACUGAUGAGGCGGCCCUGAAGGACAUUGUCGACGCCCUGGGGGACAGGAUCUUCAGCUUGGAAGGCACAAAUAAGAAUGAAACCUCCUUCGGGCUGGAGAUGUCACAGACGGGCUUUUCCUCUCAUGUGGUGGAGGACGGGAUUCUGCUGGGAGCCGUGGGCGCUUAUGACUGGAACGGAGCUGUGCUGAAGGAGACCAGCAGUGGGAAGGUCAUUCCUCUCCGUGAGUCUUACCUGAAGGAAUUCCCUGAGGAGCUCAAGAACCAUGGCGCCUACCUGGGGUACACAGUCACAUCGGUCGUGUCCUCCAGGCAGGGGCGGGUGUACGUGGCCGGAGCCCCCCGGUUCAACCACACAGGCAAAGUCAUCCUGUUCACUAUGCACAACAACCGGAGCCUCACCAUCCACCAGGCCCUGCAGGGCGAGCAGAUAGGCUCUUACUACGGGAGCGAGAUCACCUCGGUGGACGUGGAUGAAGACGGUGUGACUGACGUCCUGCUGGUGGGCGCACCCAUGUACUUCAGCGAGGGCGGAGAGCGGGGCAGGGUGUACGUCUAUAACCUGAGACAGGACCGGUUUGUUUACAAUGGAACAUUGAAGGAUUCCCAUGGUUACCAGAACGCCCGAUUCGGCUUCUCCAUCGCCUCGGUUCGGGACCUCAAUCAAGAUUCCUACAACGAUGUGGUGGUGGGAGCCCCUCUGGAAGACAACCACGGGGGUGUCAUCUACAUCUACCAUGGCUUCCAAGGCAGCAUCCUGAAGACACCGAAGCAGAGAAUCACCGCCUCAGAGCUGGCUCCUGGCCUCCAGUAUUUUGGCUGCAGCAUUCACGGACAACUGGACCUUGAUGAGGACGGACUCGUUGACCUGGCAGUGGGCGCACUUGGCAACGCCGUGAUUUUGUGGUCCCGCCCUGUGGUUCAGAUCAAUGCCAGCCUCCACUUUGAGCCAUCCAAGAUCAACAUCUUUCACAGGGAUUGCAAACGCAGUGGCAGAGAUGCCACCUGCCUGGCUGCCUUCCUCUGCUUCACGCCCGUCUUCCUGGCACCCCGUUACCAAACUGCGACAGUCGGCAUCAGGUAUAAUGCCACCAUGGAUGAGAGGCGGUACACACCGCGGGCCCACCUGGAUGAGGGCGGCGACCGGUAUACCAACAGGGCCGCCCUUCUCUCCUCUGGCCAGGAACACUGUGAGCGGAUCAACUUCCACGUGCUGGACACCGCUGACUACGUGAAGCCAGUGACUUUCUCGAUCGAGUAUUCCUUGGAGGACCCCGACUACGGCCCCAUGCUGGAUGACGGCUGGCCCACGACCCUCAGGGUCUCGGUGCCCUUCUGGAAUGGCUGCAAUGAGGAUGAGCACUGUGUCCCCGACCUCCUGCUAGAUGCCCGCAGUGACCUGCCCACAGCCAUGGAGUACUGCCAGAGGGUGCUGAGGAAGCCUGUGCAGGACUGCUCUGCGUACACGCUGUCCUUUGACACCACGGUUUUCAUCAUAGAGAGCACGCGGCGGCGGGUGGCUGUGGAGGCCCUGCUGGAGAACAGGGGCGAGAACGCCUACAGCACCGUCCUCAACAUCUCCCAGUCAGCAAACCUGCAGUUUGCCAGCUUGAUCCAGAAGGACGACUCAGAUGGCAGCAUCGAGUGUGUGAACGAGGAGAGGAGGCUCCACAAGAAAGUCUGCAACGUCAGCUAUCCUUUCUUCCGGGCCAAGGCCAAGGUGGCUUUCCGUCUGGAUUUUGAGUUCAGCAAAUCCAUCUUCCUGCACCACCUGGAGAUCCAGCUCACAGCGGGCAGUGACAGCGAUGAGGAGGAGAGCACCAAGGAAGACAACGCGGCCCUUCUGCGCCUCCACCUCAAGUACGAGGCCGACGUCCUGUUCACCAGGAGCAGCAGCCUGAGCCACUACGAGGUCAAGUCCAACAGCUCCCUGGAGAGAUACCACGGCACUGGGCCUCCCUUCCACUGCGUUUUCAAGAUCCAAAACUUGGGCUUGUUUCCCAUCCACGGGGUGAUGAUGAAGAUCACCGUUCCCAUAGCCACCAGGGGCGGCAACCGGCUGCUGCUGCUGAGGGACUUCCUCACCGACCAGGUGAACACGUCCUGUAACAUCUGGGGGAACAGCACGGAGUACCGCCAUGCCCCGACGGAGGAGGACUUGAGUCGGGCCCCACAGCUGAAUCACAGCAACUCUGAUGUAGUCUCCAUCAACUGCAACGUGAGGCUGAACCCCAACCAGGAAAUCAAUUUCCAUCUGCUGGGGAACCUGUGGUUGAGGUCCUUAAAAGCACUCAAGUACAAGCUCAUGAGAAUCACGGUCCACGCCGCCUUGCAGAGGCAGUUCCACAGCCCGUUCAUCUUCCGCGAGGAGGAUCCCAGCCGCCAGAUCACGUUUGAGAUCUCCAAGCAAGAAGACUCGCAGAUCCCCAUCUGGAUCAUCGUGGGCAGCACCCUGGGGGGCCUCCUGCUGCUGGCCCUGCUGGUCCUGGCGCUCUGGAAGCUUGGCUUCUUCAAAAGUGCCAAGCGCAGGAGGGAGCCCGGCCUGGACCCUGCCCCCAAAGUGCUGGAGUGAGGCUCCUGAGGAGGCCGUGAGUGGAUGGGGGCCGGGAUGCGGGCCCAGGCAGUGUGCAGGCCCGGAGCCCACCGAGCUGGGGCGGAGAGGACUCCAGCUCACUUUGCACUUGACCUCAUCUCCUGAAAGACCGAGUCCGCUCCCUCUGAAAGGAACUCGAGUCAGUUUUCAGAGGGACUGUCCUACUGGGAGCCGCAGCACCUCCAACACAGAUCCCUAGGGACUUAAAGGGACCCUCCCCCAAGGUACACCCCAAAGUCACCCCCAGGCUGUGCAGGGGCAUUGCCACCCCACCACUAAGGUGCUAGGAAGUCGUCAUCACCCCAUCCUCAGAAGAAACCUGGAGAGGAGACUACAAACGCAAACGCACUCUGCCUUCUCCGGACCUGUAGCUGCAGGGGGCAGCGGAUCUGUAUCCUUGCUGUCCCCCACCCCUACGCUGCCCACAGCUCCCGAGUCACCUCACCCCUUCCUAGCCGGAGAUAGGUCCCUGGAGUGCCCCCUGAGUGAGGGCCCCCGUGGUGACAGCUGCUGGCCAGGAUGAAGACAGACUCUGGGAGGCAGAGACUGUGAUGGACAGGCAGCUGGGACCUAGGAGAACCGAGAGGGGGGUGCGGGUGGGCUCUUCCCCAACCCCCACCUGCGUUCACCUGGCUGACACCCACACCCCCUCCCGCGGUGCUCACAGCAGCCCCGGGCCUGCAGCUGCCGCCCCUCCCGCUGCUUUCGUUGUCCCUGGGCGCCUGGCGCAGUCCUCCAGUUCUCACUUCACCUUCCCCACAGCCUGUCCUGAGGCAAUGGCUGCAGGCUGGGGGCAGGGGUGGGGGGCCCUCCCUGCAUCACCCCCUCCCUACACACACACCCUCACCCUCCCCACAUCACCCUGCCCCUACACACACAAACACACACACACACACACACACCCCACCACCAUCCCCACCUCCAGUUCCUCCCUUCUGCUCACCCAUCACCCGUGCCCGGGAGAAGGGCUGGACCAGUGCUGAGGGGUUCUCCAUGGAACGUACUGGAUAAAGCCAGUGCAGGGACCUCCGGAGCCUGUGCAACCUUGGUGGCAAAUAUCUGAUCGGCCAGCCCCUGGGACAAGUGGAACCACCAAUGAUGGUGCCCCGAGGACAAGAGGCACGCCUGGUGCCCAGCCGAAUAAUUUAUGCCUUGACCUGGUUUUGAGGUAGGAAUGAAAGGGGAUCCAUCAAAGGCAUCUGUCCCCUGACACACAGUACGACCUUUACUGUCGUAAAUAUUUUUUAAAAAAUUUUAAAAAUACAGUGUUUAAAAACAA